UGGGGGGGUGUGUGAGUCUAGGUCGCAUUUUCACGGCGACCGCCGAAAGCACGGCUCUCUCUCUGGUAACUGAAUAGCCAGUGUAAUCUGACACUUCAACUUGCCGUGCUCUACGGUAGUUGAUUCAGUCAGUCACUCACACCGUCUCCGGGGCUCUCUCGCGUCGUCUUUGUGAAGUGGAGAGAGCAGAGAGGAGAGGAGCGGAGAGGAGCGCCGUAAACACGAGGUUUGGAGAAACAACACGCGGAGAUCCUCGCUCAAAAUCACCGGGUCAGUGAGGGACCGUGCGUGAGGAAUACAUGAAGGGCAGGGUGGGGGAGGGGGCGGCGACCACAGCAGCAGCAGCAGCACAGAGGUCAAAGUUUGCACAGACUCGCUCUGUGAUUGAUGAGAAUUCAGAAACCGAUUUUGCCUGAUAAGAAACACGGGAACGUCGUCAUCCACACUGACUAAAGGACUUUUAAUGGCGUCCCGGUAGAGACAUCAAGAUGAACACGUUACCAUCAAUGGACCGGCACAUCCAGCAGACCAAUGACAGGCUGCAGUGCAUCAAACAGCACUUACAGAACCCGGCCAACUUCCACUCAGCAGCCACAGAGCUGCUCGACUGGUGCGGAGAUCCCCGGGCCUUCCAGCGACCUUUCGAGCAAAGUCUCAUGGGAUGUCUGACGGUGGUGAGUCGCGUCGCUGCUCAGCAGGGGUUUGACUUGGACCUGGGCUACAGGUUGCUGGCUGUGUGCGCCGCCAACAGGGACAAAUUCACUCCCAAGUCUGCAGAAACCAGCACCUGCAGGAGAUGUCAGAGUGACUCAGCCCUGCUGUCGUCGUGGUGCGAGGAGCUGGGUCGUCUCCUCCUGCUGCGUCAUCAGAAGAACAGGCAGAACGAACCGCAGGGAAAAGUCCCCAUGCAGCCCAGCAUGAACAGCAUGAAGCCCGGCCUCACACACAGUGAUGGAUCCUUUCCCUAUGACUCUGUCCCCUGGCAACAAAACACCAACCAGCCCCCUGGGUCAUUGUCUGUGGUUACAACAGUGUGGGGUGUGACCAACACGUCACAGAGUCAGGUGCUAGGUAACCCAAUGGCAAAUAGCAAUAACCCCAUGAAUCCUGGAGGUAACCCUAUGGGAUCAGGUAUGUCUGCCAGUGCAGCAGGGCUAAACUCGCCUCAGUUCAAUGCUCAGCAGCAACAGUUUCCAAACAAAGGAGGGUCCAACCAACCGUACAUGCAGCAGGGCAUGUACAGCAGGCCAGGCUACCCUGGAGGUCCUGGGGGAUACAGCGGCAGUUAUUCUGGAGGCCCAAACGCACCUCCGGGUGGUAUGGGAAUGGCCUCCCACACACGUCCUCCUGGCGAUUUCACUCAGCCAGCCGCCGCUGCUGCAGCUGCUGCUGUCGCUGCCGCUGCUGCUACGGCAACGGCCACAGCGACGGCCACGGUGGCAGCUCUGCAGGAAACACAGAAUAAAGAUAUGAAUCAGUACGGACAGAUGUGUUCAUCGUUCCAAAUGGGCCCCGCUCAGGCCUACAACAGCCAGUUCAUGAACCAGCCAGGCCCACGAGGACCCCCUGGAGGUAUGAAUCCAGCCAGCAUGGGAUCGGGCAUGAACAACCCUAAUAUGAGUGGCCCUCCCAUGGGAAUGAACCAGGCUCGAACCCCAGGAAUGGGACCUUUCGGAGCUCACGGCCAAAGGAUGCCUCAGCAAGGGUAUCCCGGAGGACCUCGACAGGGCAUGCCAAUGCAGGGGAUAAAAAGGCCAUAUCCUGGAGAGGCAAGUUAUGGGGGUCAGCAGUACGGGCCAAACAGUCAGUUCCCACCACAGCAGGGGCAGUAUCCAACGUCAAAUGCCUCCAGACCGCUGCCAUCUCCUAACUACCCCGGCCAGAGGAUGCCAGGCCAGCAGGGCCAAGGACAGUACCCACCUGGCAUGCCUAUGGGCCAGUACUACAAGCAAGAGCCUUUCAAUGGUCAGAGCACCAACUUCUCUGGAGGUGGAUACUCUUACAGCCAAGGCAACGGGCCCCCCAGGCCCGGCAACUACCCCCACUCCCCGGUCCCAGGAAACCCCACACCCCCUAUGACCCCAGGAAGUGGUAUUCCUCCGUACCUGUCGCCAAACCAGGAUGUGAAGCCCCCGUUUCCACCCGACAUGAAACCAAAUAUGACAGCACUACCGCCCCCUCCAACUAACCCCAAUGAGGAGCUGCGGCUGACAUUCCCAGUCAGAGAUGGAGUGGUGCUGGAGCCGUUCCGGUUGGAACACAACCUGGCUGUCAGUAACCACGUCUUUCACCUACGACCCUCCGUCCACCAGACCCUCAUGUGGAGGUCAGACCUAGAGCUGCAGUUUAAGUGCUACCACCAUGAAGACAGGCAGAUGAACACUAACUGGCCCGCCUCCGUCCAGGUCAGUGUUAAUGCCACGCCACUCACCAUCGAGAGGGGCGACAACAAAACCUCCCACAAACCCCUGCACCUGAAGCACGUAUGCCAACCUGGAAGAAACACCAUCCAGAUCACAGUCACCGCCUGCUGUUGUUCCCACCUGUUUGUGCUGCAGCUGGUCCACAGGCCAUCUGUGCGAUCCGUCCUCCAGGGGCUCCUAAAGAAAAGACUCCUUCCUGCAGAACACUGCAUCACCAAGAUUAAGAGGAACUUCAGCAGCGUGGCAGCCUCGGCAGGUAACACCACUCUAAACGGGGAAGACGGCGUGGAGCAGACUGCCAUUAAAGUGUCGCUGAAAUGUCCCAUUACCUUCCGACGCAUCCAGCUACCCGCACGAGGGCAUGACUGCAAACAUGUCCAGUGCUUUGAUCUAGAGUCCUACUUGCAGCUCAACUGUGAGAGGGGGACAUGGAGGUGUCCUGUGUGCAAUAAAACAGCAUUACUAGAAGGUCUGGAGGUGGACCAGUACAUGUGGGGAAUCCUCAAUGCCAUCCAAAAUUCAGAGUUUGAGGAGGUCACUAUAGACCCUACAUGUAGCUGGAGACCUGUCCCCAUUAAGUCUGAGCUACACAUCAAAGAGGACCCAGACGGACCACUUGCCAAGCGCUUUAAGACCAUGAGCCCCAGUCAGAUGACCAUGCCCAAUGUGAUGGAGAUGAUCGCCCAGCUAGGGCCUGGCCCUGGCCCUGGACCUGGCCCAGGACCCGGACCUGGACACGGACCAGGUCCAAGCCCCUACCCCCCGCAUCCUGGUCAACAUGGUAGUGGCAACGGUGGAGAUUACCCUGGACCAGGCAACAGUUACCACAGCCAAGGGAACUUUGACUUCCCUCAUGGGAACCCCUCUGGUGGUGGAGUUGGAGGAGGAGGAGGUGGUGGUGGAGGAGGUCCCCCUAUGAAUGACUUCAUCCAUGGCCCCCAGCUCUCCCACCCACCAGAUGGACCUGGUGGUCUCCUCUCCCAGGACAAGCCCCUUAACCACGGCAUGAAUGAUGCAAUGUCCCAUCCCGAUCAGUCCCAUAACUCCAUGCAGCAGAUCUUGCAUGCGUCUCCCCACCCCGGCAGCCAAACAGGGCCGCCCUUACAUCACAGUGGCCAGUCAGGGCCGCACUUGCAUCACAGCGGCCAAUCAUCGCAGCCGCCUCGCCAGUCGCAGCCUCAGCCGCAGCCUCAGCAGCAGCCUGGGCACAACAGUCACCCCCACAGCGAUCUGAACUUUAACCCCUCUUCAGACGGGCAGAUGGGUCAGGGAGCCCAGGAUAUGCCCGAACCCUCCCUGGAUCUGCUUCCAGAGCUGGCCAACCCGGACGAGUUACUAUCAUACCUUGACCCUCCCGACCUUCCCGCCAACAGCAACGACGACCUUCUCUCCCUCUUCGAGAACAACUAGCCCUUCGCCUCCCCUAAAAACCCUCCUGCACCUACGGGAGUCGCGAUGUGUUUGACUGUCCGUCCACAGGCACUUCACCGACCUCCUAUCAACACUUCAAGCAGCUUCCUAUGCUCACGCACGCACACACGUACACAGUCUCUCAACAGAUAAUGUGUGGCAUAGAGGGGCACGGCUGAGAGGCACCUGUUUGGGAACUCCAAGGGAGAAAGCAGGAACGCUGCUCAUCCCCGCACUCCUUUCUUUUCCCCCUCGUGUAAAGAUUCCACGCACCAGUUCCACCGCCUGACUCAAAACACACCAUUUACAGCCAUGUUGGCGGGCACUAAAGUGAUAUUAUAUAUAUAUACAUAUAUGAUAUUUGUGACUUUUCAACUGAAAACUGUGCAGCUAUAAUCAUCAUGUGUAAGCAACACGAAGGAGAGACAGAAAAAGUGUUGUAGCUUUGU